GCUCCGCGGCCGGCGCGCAGCGAGCGAUGGGGCGGGCUAGCAGAGCGUUGCCCGAGGGCGGCUGGCUGGGGGGCGACGAUGGCCCCAGCCAUAAAGCCGAUGUUCCACGCGCGAGGGAGUCACUCGGCCGGCGGAUCCUUCUCCGGGCUGCGGCGGAGCAGAGCUCGCACCGAGAGUUGGGGGCGAGGUGGAGCCUUGCAUUCCCCCCAAACCCAGAGGCGCGGCGCAACGGGGCGAAGGCGCGCUCUCCAGUGCCGCGGGAGCUAAAGAGCUUUCCUCUCCAGCACCUGUGCCUGGCAGAUGGAGUUCAACUUGCUCACUGACCCAGAAGCUCAGAGCCCCCCUCUUUCCCUCUCAGAAUCUGGGACACCUCAACAUGCACACAGGCACAAGGGGCAAGCAAGCGAAAAGUCACAGCAGAAUCAGCCUGACGAUACCACUCCUGAGGAUGGCUCCCUGAGAAAGAAGCAACGUAGGCAGAGAACUCAUUUUACCAGCCAGCAACUCCAGGAGCUGGAAGCCACUUUUCAAAGGAAUCGGUAUCCAGACAUGAGUACCCGAGAGGAGAUUGCUGUCUGGACCAACUUGACGGAAGCCAGAGUUCGGGUAUGGUUUAAGAACCGCAGAGCCAAAUGGAGGAAGCGGGAAAGAAAUCAACAGGCAGAACUUUGUAAGAAUAGUUUUGGAGCUCAGUUCAAUGGACUGAUGCAACCUUACGAUGAGAUGUAUGGUAGUUAUUCCUAUAAUAACUGGGCUACCAAAGGACUUACUGCCAGCACUCUGUCAACAAAGAGCUUCCCGUUCUUCAACUCCAUGAAUGUCAAUGCCAUUUCUUCCCAGCCCAUGUUUUCAACAUCCAGUUCUAUAGGAUCUAUGUCUGUACCUUCCUCAAUGGUCUCUUCAACUGUGAAUGGUGUGCCAGGCCCAAGCCUUAACAAUCUUAAUGGCCCUGGUCUUAACUCUGCCGUUCCAUCCACUACCUGUCCCUACGCAUCCACAGCCAGUCCUUACAUGUAUAGGGAUACCUGCAACUCUAGUCUGGCUAGCUUGCGAUUGAAGGCAAAACAGCAUGCCAACUUCACCUACCCAGGAGUGCAGACGGCAGCAUCCAGUCUCAGCCCGUGUCAGUAUGCUGUGGAUAGGCCAGUAUGAGAACCUCCACUGCUAAUUAUGAACUAUUAGCUGAACAAAGUUCCCCCUGCAGAUGAGUUCCAGAAAGAUGUAUUUAUAAUACUGUUACAAAUCUUUUUACUAUCGUUUUUGUAAAGUAUAUAUUUUUCCUCACUGAAAUUUAAGACAGAGGAACUUUUUUUUUUUUGCCAACCUUUGAAUUCUUAUCCGGUGAUAUAACAAAGAUACCCAGGGAAAUGGUUGACACUGCUCAUAAUUUAUUAUUGCAAUUUUGUGCUUUAUACAACUGACUCGUGCUUACAUAAGGAAGUCUAGAUUCUGUACUUGAAGCACCAGGUUUGGAUUUACUGUAUGUAUAUUGCAUAAAUGCUUGUCAUGAAAUGCCCUGGGUAAAACGUUCGGUUUCCUUUUAAAAAAAAAUAGCAUAUCGUAACAAAAAAUUGCCAAAAGUAAUUUAAUAGCAUGGGAAGGAAAUGUAUGUGCAGACAUACCAUGAGUUAUGUGGGAGAUCUAGGACAAAGAAAUAUAUAGAUGUGCUCCUAAGUAUCUCUGGCUACCAUGACUGAAAUAGAAGCUGUCAAUUUGUUAUCAAAAGAGCAAUGGUAUUUGGAGAAAAUUGACAACAAGUCACCACAUUUGGAACAAAACCACUAGGUGAUAUAAUAAUUUUGCAGGACGCUUAUUUAAAUGAAUAAAACCAAUAGGUUGGUGGAUUAUAUUUCAUUUCCCUGUGCAAUUUCAUUUUCUAGUGAGCAGGAGCUGUGGUGGUGCAGUGGUUAGAAUGCAGUAUUGCAAGCUGACUCUGCCGACUGCCAGGAGUUCGAUCCUGACCGGCUCAAGGUGGAUUCAGCCUUCCAUUCUUCUGAGGUCAGUAAAAUCAGGAUCCAGAUUAGUUGGGGGCAAUACACUAACUCUACUUAGAGAAUGCUGUAAAGCACUAUGAAGUGGUAUAUGAGUUUUAAGUGCUAUUGCUAUUAUAAACACACAUGGGGUCUGGCUCAUUUCAUUUUCCAAUGACUUAAAUUCCCAAAAAUAAACAAGAAAAAUGCCCUGAGCAUCUCAUCCACAUGUGAUUAUUGCAUAAGCAACAAGCACUAUUUGUAUGCAACAACUCCUAACUUUUAGAAAAAUUAAGCCUGCAACUGAAUAGAAGUAAUCCAGUGAAUUGGACAAAUGGUUUCUCUCAUCCUCAGCCACACCCAGGCAACAACUUCCAAUUUGUUUCUAGGAUGAUCCAGACAAACAUUUUUUUUCAUUGUUUUCAAUUUCAUUGGGCUUACAAAAGUAGUACAUGUGCCUCUGAAUCAUACUUCUACUGUCACAAGCCAGAAUUCUGGGAGUUGAAGUCCACAAGUCUUGAAGUUGCCAAGAUUGAGAACCCCUGCUUUAUCUCAUCCCCAUAUUUAUUCACCAGAAUUCCUGAACUUUUCAGAGGCCAGAAAUGUACAAAUCAAAAUCCAUAGAUGUUAACCAUGAACAACAAAACUGCAGCCUACUGUAGCAAGAAUGUAUAGUGGGAAGAGUUGAAGGAAGUCAUGCUCAUCUUCUGUAGCUUCCUGUUACUUGACCUUAUUGUAACUUAUCUCAGGAGCAGCAAAAUGAGAAGUGGGUAGAUGCUAUGGAACUAAUUCCUCAUAUUUGGGGGGGGGGGUUGCUACUCCAGCAUCCCCUUAAACUACUCAAAAUGGGUGAUCCCUAAAAAGUGUUAAUUUAUACUCAUAAAUUAUAUUUUUUCUUUAAAAGUUAUGUUUUGAUGUUAAUAAAUUGAGUGCUAGUCGCAGGGCCGAUUACAUUUUAAAAUUUGCCUGAAUAGUUUUCUUGAAAAAGUAUAAUGCUUUAAAAAUAGUUGUUUCUUUUUAAUCUGUUGGAUUGUGUAUGAUUAUGUUUGAGUGUAUAUUUGUGUGUGUGCAUGUGUCUGUGUAUAAAGAAACGCACAAUGGGGAAAGGCCAUUUGACAUAUUUUAAAAUAAAGGUAAAUUUAAAAUGCAAUCCGAUCUGGAUUUCUUCACCCUUAUAAAUUAAAAGGUGGUAUUGUUCUUCAGAGAUGGAAAUCAAUAAACAGGAAAAACUACAAUGCUCAUUUUAAAACUCCCAAGCAUUUUCUACAAAAAAAAAAAGUUCUUGUGUUGGUGUGGUGGAGUAUUUGGGCUAGGACCAGGCUCAAGUGACUGUGGGACAAUGCUGUCUAUUAGCACAAUCUUCCUCGGAUUGUUUUGGGGCAAAGUAUCAAUAAAAUAACAAGGAAGAUAUUUCCAAGAAAAUAGCAAUUCCCCUUUCAUAACCUUUUUUCUAAUGCAAAGAGACUUACCUAGGGAUUAGCUAGUGAAACAAAUAUAUUUGCUGAUUGUAUUGUCCAGUCAUUCACCAUCUUGAUAUUUACUCAAGUAAUCACAGUUGCCCAUUUCAUAGAAUUGUAUAGCUACCCAUCUCAAGAGUUUUUAAUGAAAUUAUUUGGACUAUUAUUUUUCACACAAUUAUAGAUUUAUUAUUGAGUACUUUGUUGUUUUGUAUAGAUUAGACACUUCCGAAUCAUUUUGCCUUUUCUGUGCAAAAAUGUCUUGCUUUGCUUGUGUGAAAUUACUUCGAAUUGAUUUUUUUUUUACCUCAGA